AUGAGUAUUUCAAACAGGAGUGUUGCCUGUGGAAAUGAUAGGUCCUCCAGAAGGAAUACAACCCUUGAGUCCCUCACAAUCCGCGGCUCGGGCUCAAUGGCUCGGGCUCAAUGGCUCUGGCUCAUUACUCUGACGACUUCAAUUGCGGUUCUUGAGAACUCGAAAGGCACGGGGGUGACUCUGGUAUUUUUCAGCCGGAACAAUUGUAUGUGGUUUCAGGUUGAAGGAGGCAUGUUAGUCGGAAAAAACUCGGGGAGUAGUUGA